AUGACAGAAUCUUUUCAGAAACUAGAGAAAAUUGGCGAGGGAACCUACGGUGUUGUAUAUAAAGCAAGGGAGAGGAAUACAAACAGGGUGGUUGCAUUGAAGAAAAUAAGGCUCGAGAAUGAAAAUGAAGGGAUUCCUGCCACCACAAUAAGAGAGAUAUUGCUCUUGAAGAACCUAAAGCAUUCGACCAUUGUCGAGUUAAGUGAUGUAAUCUACAACAACAACAAGAUGUAUCUUGUAUUUGAAUAUGUGGAGCUCGACCUGAGAAGAUACCUCGACAGAAUGAGCGAUGAAGGCCGGCUUGUUGAAGAAGGAUUUGUCAGAAAAAUGUCCCAGCAACUGCUGACUGCAAUGGAAUAUUGCCACUCAAGAAACAUUUUCCAUAGAGAUCUGAAGCCUCAAAACAUCCUGGUGGAUCCAAAAGAGAACAUCAAAUUAGCAGAUUUCGGGCUUGGAAGGGCAGCUGGAAUUCCUUUGAGGACUUAUACAACAGAGGUGGUAACACUUUGGUACAGGCCACCAGAGCUACUGCUUGGAUGCAAAUAUUAUGAUGCAUCUGUGGACGUGUGGAGUGCAGCCUGUAUCAUGGCAGAAGUUGUUCUUAUGAGACCUUUCUUCCCGGGAGACUCUGAAAUAGACCAGCUGUUCAGGAUAUUCAAGGUUCUUGGGACUCCAAAUAAUUCAAGGUGGUCAAACGUAGAAAACUUUCCAAACUACAAGGUGGAGUUCCCAGUAUGGGAUCCGGUGGAUUUGAAAACAAUCUUCAGGGGAGAUCCAGACUUUGUUGACCUUAUUUCGAAGAUGCUUGAAUAUGACCCAAAGAUGCGGAUGACAGCCAAGAAUGGGCUAUCUCACAAAUAUUUCGAAGGUAUGCCGCUAAUAAUGGAAUAA